CGACAUGGCGGGUGGCGGGGUCGUGGGCGUCCCGUGCGGCUGGAGCCGGGCCGAGAGGCUGGGCGCCCCCGGGGGCGCCGCCCGGCCCCCGCCCUCUUCCCCGCGCUGCGGUGGUUUUGCUGCCGCUUCUGUGGGACCGACGGUUUCUCAAAACGCAGAAAACGAUUAGUGGGCGGACCGGAGGGGCGGCGGAGGCGCGGCCCUGCUCUGCCGGGCUUCCGAACCUGCGGCGCCCACUCCCCUGCGAGGGCGGGCCGCCGGGACUCAGGGAGGGCCCUCGGCGUGGGGUGGGGCCCCCGCGCGGGGAGGGAUUGUCCUCGUCUGCCUCCUCAGGGAGAAGCGUACUUUGACAUCCAGCCUGUGUGUGUCUGAGUGAAUCCAGAAAGUUCCGGGCGAAUAAAGCCUGUGUGGGCGAACAGACAGGCUUGUGAAUGGGCCAACUUGUGUUUCUCUUUUGAUACCAAAUAGUGUUUAUUCUGGAGCUCCCAGGCUAUCUGCCACUGACUUCCUUCUUUGUUUUUUUCCUCAACAUAAAUGAAAGGUGCCAUUGAGCAGACUCAGCCAUGGAAGGCAAGCCGUUGUUGACGUCCAAGCAGAAGACUGCAGUGGUGUGUGGAGUGCCCACUGAGGUGGUCUGCACAGCCUUCGGCAGUCACAUCCUGGUGGUGGUGACCCAGCUGGGGAAGAUGGGCACCUUGGUCUCCCUGGAGCCCAGCAGUGUGACUGGUGACAUCGGCAAGCCUGUGCUGAACACUAAAGUCCUCCUCGGGAAGGAUGAGCCCCUCGUCCAUGUCUUCGCAAAGAACCUGGUGGCGUUUGUGUCUCAAGAAGCUGGAAACAGAGCCGUUCUCCUCGCCCUGGCCAUGAAGGACAAGAGCAUGGAGGCGGUGAAGGGCCUGAAGGAGGUGAUUCAGAUGUGCCAGGUGUGGUGACGCUGGAGUGGCCACCCCUGCCGUCCGGGAGGGCCCUGCGGCAGCUCAGACACCUCGAGGCUCUGCAGGCGCUCCUUUAGUUAGGAGGAGGCGCUCUCUGGCUGUGGCCCUUGGAGCUGGAAGAGACAGACACCUCAGGCUGACGUUGGUUUGGAGGCCGACGGCCCCUGUGGAGGGAGGACAGGAAGCGUGUCCUGAGGCGGUUAUGCGUCCUCCCCAGGCCCAGACAGCCCCUCGCGUGUGAGAGCUGACGAGUGAGUCGCGGCCCUCAGUUGUUGGGGGAUUUCUUUUAUUAUUAAAAAUAAAUGCAUAUCCCCAAA